AUAUUAUCAUUUUCGUCUUCUUCCCCCAUAAUUCCCAACCAUGGAACUUUUCUCCUUUCCAACUCUUAUCUUCAUUGCCCUCAUCUCUCUUUUUUUCUUCUACUUUCUCAAAAAAAAUCCCAAAAAAUCUGGGUUCAAAAUCUACCCACUCGUCGGAGCAUUGCCGGAGUUUCUCCUUAACCGUCACCGAUUUCUCGAAUGGACCACCGAUGUACUCUCUAAUUGCGCUACCAAUACCGCCGUCUUCUAUCGCCCUGGAAAUGUUCACGGUGUCAUGACGGCGAAUCCACUCAACGUUGAACACAUGCUUAAAGCCAAUUUUGAAAAUUUCCCAAAAGGAUUUCGAUUCUAUACUCGGCUUCAAGAUUUCCUCGGUGACGGUAUUUUUAACGUUGAUGGUGAAAUUUGGAAAAUUCAAAGGAAAUCUGCUAGCUAUGAAUUUAGCACCAGAUCUCUAAGAAAUUUCGUCAUGCAAACUGCCCAGGUGGAGAUUCAUACGCGAUUGAUUCCUAUUCUUGAAGAAGCAUCCAAAAAGGAUAGAAUUAUUGACAUUCAAGACAUCUUAGAAAGAUUUGCAUUUGAUAAUAUCAUCAAGCUUGCAUUCAAUGUGGAUCCAAAUUGUUUAGGAGGAGCUGAAAGUGAAUUCAUGCAAGCUUUUGAUAUUGCAACAACUCUAAGUUCAGGUAGAUUCAUGUAUGCAAUUCCCUUCCUUUACAAAAUCAAGAAAAUCUUCAACAUUGGUUCUGAGAAAAAGCUACAAAAAUCAAUCAAGAUUGUGCAUGAAUUCGCGGAUAAUAUAAUAAAUUCAAGAAUGGAAGAGCGCGCUGAGAAGAAAGAUGAAGACUUGUUAUCAAGAUUCAUGGGAGAUAGUAAUCAAGUUUCAGCUAAAUUCCUGAGGGACAUUGUCAUUAGUUUCAUCCUAGCUGGUCGAGACACGACAUCAUCAGCUCUAACUUGGUUCUUUUGGAUAUUGUCUUCAAGGAAAGAUAUAGAGCAAAAGAUAUUAGAAGAAUUAGUUCAAAUUCGUCGAAGAAAUGGGAAAAAGAUUGGCGAAGCUUAUAGUUUCGAUGAGUUAAGAGAAAUGCAGUAUCUCCAUGCAGCUAUUUCAGAAUCCAUGAGGUUAUAUCCACCAGUACCAAUUGAUACAAGGUCUUGUUUGAAAGAUGACAUUUUACCAGAUGGGACUUUUAUUGGUAAAGAUUGGUUUAUAAGUUAUCAAACUUAUAGCAUGGGAAGAAUGGAGAAUAUUUGGGGUAAAGAUUGUUGUGAGUAUAAACCAGAAAGAUGGUUCGAUGAAAAUGGUGUUUAUAAGCAAGAAAAUCCAUUUAAAUUUCCAGUGUUUCAUGCUGGACCAAGAAUGUGUCUUGGAAAAGACAUGGCUUAUAUUCAGAUGAAGUCAAUUGCAGCUUCUGUGUUAGAAAUGUUUGAAUUUGAUGUUCAGUUGGAGAAUGGCAAGUGCCCUGAAUAUGUGUUAUCUUUGACUUUAAGAAUGAAAGGAGGUUUGCCUGUGAAGGUGAAAGAAAGAUGUAAGUAAGACCAUUUCACGAGUCUAUCUAUAUCGAUGUAAUGAAAGUGAAAAACUCACCACACUGUGAAUAAU